AUGACGAUGGAACUUUCUGCUAUCGUUGAGGAGAUACUUCCUGCUUGUGAAGAUGGAGUUGUGAAGAAGGAAGUAGGUAAGGACCAAACCAACUCGCCUGGAUCGCAGAAGGAACGGUAUUCGUAUGUUUCUGAGGAUAGUUCUGAAAACAACACCACACCAAAACCUUCACAUAACUCUUUCCGAGGUCAUCUGUAUUUUGGCGUCGGACCAUCACUCCCAAACCCUUAUUCUCUUCGCCAGGCUCUCGGUCCAUUGGAAGAAUACGACGAUACGACAGAUUCCAUUUCCGAACAUCUCGCUUGUGCUUCUUACCUAACACCUUCUCGACGUUCCAUAACUCCAAUAUCUUCUCUUCUUUUACCCAUUUCCAAUCAACCUUCUUCACCCCGUAGACAUAUCAAACGUAAUUCCACUGGAUCAAUGGCUACCGUCCAAUCGCCUCAAUUGAGAAGUAUGGUUUCUAUGGAUGCUAUGUAUCCUCAACAUCGACCUAGAUCUGCUGUUUCACUUUCGCCACCUUUAUCAGAUUCAAGACAUGUCUCUUGGUCAUCUGUCGUUUCAUCUUUUCGAUCUCCAACUCCGGAACUAAGAAUUCGAAAUGUUUCCUCUAGCACAUCAAACAGUUUACCCACUCCUACUCUUCUUAACGAACAUAUUCUACCUGUCACUCCGAUGCUUGGACGGCCGGUUUCUCCCUCCACACCGAGACAACAUCCCACCAAUCGAACGACUGCUCGAAUGAGGAUUUCUUCUGUUGGAAUUGGUGGAGAAGAAGAAGAAGAGUCAGACCCUUCCGCCACUCCAAGACAACGAAAACGAGUCGUAAGCUCAACAGAAACAGACGAGGGAGAGAUUGUGGGAAUUGUAGCCAAUGUCGACGCUACUGUUCGAGCCGCUCCCGGUGUGGUAGGACUAGGUGAAGGAUGGGCAGGAGGACCAGCUGCUAAACCGAAAAACAAAACGCAAUGGUUUCGUUCCCUCUCAAAUGGUCAGGUUGAACAUUCACAUGAUCCUCUAGCUCUCUGGAUACCCCCACAAAAGUCCCAAGAACCCAAGAGAAGUGUUUGGGGUAGAUCUCGUGGUUUGUUCGGAGCAAGUAUGCCUCUUUUGUCUCAACCUGAUCCGAUAAUCAAAUCGGACUUUCAUCCAACUGUCAAAGUCGGUCCCGUCAAGACUCUCAGAGGGUUGUUGAGUAAAAGUAAAGUCGACUUGACACUUCCACCUGCCAAAGACAAAGCUUCACAGCAUCAAAGAGAUAGCGGUAAACGACUCUUCGGUCGAUUUUCCAAAUCAGCAGUGGACAUCACUAGACUUUCAACUUCUCCUCUAACAUCAGAUAAGAUGAAAGAUAUCUCAAAUAAACAUAUCAGUCCUAGAUCCAAUAAUCAUGGUCGAUUAUCAUUCUCUUCUGGUCCACGACCUCCUUGGCGUCAAACAUCAACACAAGUACGUCCUGCCACUGUGGCAAUUAUGAAUCCAGUUUCUGCCUCACGUCCCCUUCAACCAGGUUCAACGGAAUCCACACCUCCGGGAAUCCAGGAUGAUUCACCUGCAUUAGAAUCACAUUCUUCUUCCUCAACAAUUCAUCUUCGUACUCCCAAAGUGGAAGAAGUGAACAGACAACGACCAUCUUUCCAAGCUGAAAGGAAAAAGAACAACGAUGUCAAUCCACGAGUCCGAGGAUGGGGUUACGGACACGUUCUUUCGAAUGGAUUUCGUAGAUUAUCGAAUCUUGGAGGAUCUCAUACAACUACCCCGGUGUCUGUGGCGAAAACAGAACCCCUCACUCCUGUCACCUUUCCAACUCAACCCAUUCGUGGACUUUGGGAAGAAAACCUUUCAUCUCCUAAUUCAUCCGAAGAAACAUCUUCUCCAAUUUCUGAUGGUCCUAAACUCAUAUCUCCUCUCGAUACUCAAAUACCCAAACUCGCACCACGGUUCAUUUUCCCCGCUCCAUCCACAAUACCAAAAAUCAAACCCACUCCUGCACCAUUGUUCAGUCGACUAAAAUCAGCACUACGCCCACAUCAUACAUCCCGACGUCCCAGUGUUGCGGCCAUUACAGAAGAUUGCGAAAUCUCACUUCCAAUCCCAUCUUCACUCAAAGUUACCUCAGAGUCAAAUACUCGUCAGUCAAGUGAAACUCGACGUUUGUCCGAAUCCACCGUCCGUUUCGCACCAUCCCCAAAGACCAAAACAACCAUCAUCAAGAAUGAUUCCGUACCUCGACACUCGAUCUCAUCCAUCGAUUCACGAGGAAGACGUUCAUUCGAAUCAUCCUCUACUUCCAUGGGUGAAUUUGGAAAUGUUUCUCAUCUCACCAAUCGUCAUACUCUUGGAAACCCCGUAUCAGUCAUUGAAAGAGAUACAUCACGUCACAAACCUUAUCCAAGUGUAACACAUUCAUCAUCUGUAACAUGGCGUAAACGACUUUCCAAACUACCAGAAGCAGAUGAAGAAAUUGAUCAACCCGAACUGAUCCAAUCACUUAGCAACGUUCAAUCGGAAGUUCAUGUUGAUACAGAAGAAUACAAAAGACAUUCAACAUCCAUGUUAGAUCUUUUCAAACCUAUUAGGAAAUUAGGUUCUUUGAAUUCUCUUCGAAAACAAACUUCAUUGGAUAAUUUAUCAAAUUGGGAAUACCCAGCUUCUAAUUCUUCUUUCCCAUUAAGUAAUUCGAUGCCUUUACUCGAUUUCCCACUUCCUCCCGAAAGGAUGAGUUUGGAAUUAGAUUUGGGUCAAAGUGGUUUGGGUUUAGAUGAUAUCUUAGCAGCUGGAUCAAAUCCGAUUUAUACGAAUCCUCCAUAUACUCCCACUCCAGGUCAAAAUCCUACUUUCUCAUUCUGUCCUCCUAUAGAUCCCGAACCUUCCACCGGACUUGUGCCCGGUACGGACGACCGCGAGAAUUGUGAAAUCCACAUGGAAGCGGAGACGAACACCAACGCAACUAUGAUCACGAACACGGACACAGAUAUGAAAUCAAUCAAUUUGAAGACAAAUAUGUCGAAAGGGAAAUACGGUUCUCACCUUUUACCACCUUUAAUACCAGUACCACCAUUGACCAUGUCCACUUUGGUUGUCCCUCCUUCUCCUUCUUCUAAUUCUCCCCCUUUUAGUAACGAGCUCAACUCCGGAAAAGAGGAGGUCAAUCUUAUAUCAAAAGAAUCAAAUUCAGAGAGUUACAAAACAACUUUAGGUUAUCAUACUCCUCCUCUCACUCCAAAGAUCGACAUUUCCAAAGACUCAAUUGUGGUCGUUACUGAGGUUGAGAAGGAUAUGACGAAGAGACCCAUAUCGUCAGCUUUAAGUGGAUCAGAAUCGGAUAGAUCAGGAUUGUCUUUUUACGAAUACGAAGAUGCUAUCGUCUCUUCUGUCACUGAUGAAAGCGUCAAAGUAGGAAUGGCAAGGAUGGUCAAAUUGACACUUUCGAAAACGAUCAAUGAUGAUUAA